AUGGCCCCUUGUCCUCCAUCUGUCACAUCUAAGCAGUACAACUGUGGCACCAACACAGCCGUGUUCACCUGGACUGACCCUGCAGGAAGCCUCAGCUUCAGCGGCCAGCUAGCAGGAGAAGGGUACCAGGAUAGCUGUCAGACUGCAAAUACAAGCUGCGUGUUCCAAAACAUUCCCUGUGACUUGGACUUCAAUGUAACAGUCCAGGCUCAGGGGGCGCACUGCACCAGUGUCGCGAGUGUCAGUGAAUCCCUCAAAACAGUCCCGUGUGCCCCGCAGAAUGUGAGCGCCACUCUUGGGUGUUUCAAUCACUCAGCCCUGGUGACGUGGUUAGGAAGCCCCAGUGCUGUUGGAUACAACGUGACAGCAACAGCCCAGGACGGACACACUCACCACUGUCACUCCAACACGACCAUGUGUCAAAUACCUGACAUCCACUGUGGUGAAACCUACUUCAUCAAAGUCACACCGUUCUCUGAGACAUGCACAGGAGACCACAGUGCAACUCUAAGCUUCAGUGCAGGUCUUUGUGCUCCCAGCAACGUCACAGCUUCUCCAGCUUGUGAGGACGGCACCGUGUCUUGGUCUCUAGUAGCAGCUCUGUGUCCGUCUACUAACCUGACGGGCCAGGUCGACUGUGACACCAACACAGUGACCCUCAUGUGGGACCCGAGUCCAGAGUCUGGGGCCACAUACACUUUACAAACUGAGAGGAUAGGGGGUACACUCCCUCCUACAGCGCACACCACCUCCAACACCUCACACACUUUCACCAACCUGCUGUGUGGACAGAGAUAUGCUUUCCGCAUCGCAGCACAGGAUGGAAACUGCCGCAGCAGCGACAAUCCACCCAUUGAGAUAAGCACAGCCCCUUGCCAGCCCACCAACUUCUCUGCUCGUGUGGACUGUGGCACAAACAAUGGGAAUUUCUCGUGGGUUGAGAGCAUCGGAGCUGGUUUCUACACUGUUGAGGUGACAGGAGAACAUGGCCACGUGGCGUCCUGCUCCUCCAACGACACCUCCUGUGCUGUAAAACUCCACUGUGGCCGCUCGUACUCUGCAACACUGGUGGCUUCCACAGAAAGCUGCAACAGCACCAAACACGCCGACAUUCAUUUUGAAUCGGCUCCCUGUCUCCCAGGCGAUGUGGUAGCAGACAUAAACUGCAACACUAAUGUGAUGAAUGUGAGUUGGGCGCAGACUAUGGGCUCAGACGACUACACCGCCUUGGCCAUCAGCAUGGACGGACACAACAUGUCCUGUAACUCAACCUCCAACUCCUGCUCCAUCCAUAACCUGCAGUGUGGCAAAGUGUACGAUGUGGUCGUCACCUCUUCCUCCAUUCACUGCAGCAUCAUCGCUGGCUCAGACUACAAGGUUCAGUCCGCUCCCUGUAAACCAGAGAACACCACUGUUGACCAGAACUGUAGCAGCAACGUCAUGACAGUAAAAUGGGACCAGAGCGGUAGACACCAGAAUCACACUGUUACAGCCUCAUCUGCUUCAGGCAUUAACUCGACCUGUGACUCCACCGAGAGCAGCUGCUCCUUCUUGGACCUGAGCUGUGGUCAACCCUACACUUUCACUGUGAUGGGACACACAAACGUGUGCAUGAGUGAAAUAAGCACCCCAAUAGAGAAGAACACUGCCCCAUGUCCUCCCACCAAUGUGUCAGCUGAACUGAACUGUACCACACACAAAGCUCUGGUCAGCUGGAGUAGUGCAGCUGCAGCUACUGCCUAUAGCAUCGAGGCAAACUCCACCAAUGGACAUUUCUCCUCCUGUAGUGAUAUGGGGACGUCCUGUGAUCUGGACAACCUGGUCUGUGGACAGCAGUACUCUGUUGUUGUGGAGGCAAUGCACACUGGUUGUCCAGGACCUGCCAGUCCCCCGGCAAUGCUCACUACAGAACCGUGUGCUCCCACAAAUCUCUCUAUCCACUACAAUGUGAGCACUGCUCAGGUGAUGUGGGCCGCAGCAAGUGGUGCCAGCUCCUACUCUGUUGAGGCUGUGACUGACCAGGGCUCGAUGAUCACUUGUAACACCACCAACAAUGGCUGCUCCCUGAACGGCCUGCAGUGUGGUCAGAUCUAUAACGUCACUGCAACUGCACACAACCAGGCCUGCAAAAGUUUGACCUCUGUGAUCCAUCACCUCAUUACAGAACCCUGCCCACCCUCCAACGUUCAGGUCAGUGUCCCGUGUGAACAGCUCACUGCCACAGUCUCCUGGGACCGGAGCAACCUCGCUGUGGGUUACAUCGCCUACCUUGACAAUCAAAAUGGCCAAUACACUUCCUGUGUGGCCAUAGACACCCACUGUAAUGUCUCAGGACUGGCAUGUGGCACAGAGUACAACGUCAGGGUCAAGGCCCUGGGACAACAGUACAACAGCUCUGACAGCACAGUGGUGUCUUCUAAAUCAGGGCCUUGCAAGCCGAGUAGCAUCGAAGCCAUUAUGGACUGCCAGGUCUCCUCUGCUACCGUGUCAUGGCAACCCAGCGUCGGAGCUCUGUCCUACACUGUUGAGCUCACAGCGUCAUCGGGCCACACCAGCCGCUGCACCACCAAUCACACCAACUGUCAGCUGAGCCCGCUGCAGUGCGGAGAGGAAUACAACGUCAGCGUGACGGCUCUGGGGGAGGGCUGCAACAGCACUGCUCAAAUGGCCGGACACCUCACCACAGAGCCCUGUGUUCCCACUCAUCUCUCCGUCCACUACAAUUUGAGCAGGGCCCAGGUGACGUGGGCUGCAUCCAGCGGUGCCAGCUCCUACUCUGUUGAGGCUGUGACUGACCAGGGCUCAAUGAUCAUCUGCAACUCCACCAACAACAGCUGCUCCCUGAACGGCCUGCAGUGCGGUCAGAUCUAUAACGUCACUGUGUUGUCACACAACCAGGACUGCAACAACACCGUGACCUCUGCACCUGAACGCUUCAUGACAGAACCAUGUCCACCCAGCAAUGUUCAGGCAAAUGUAGUGUGUGAACAGCUCACCUCGACUGUGUCCUGGGAGCAGAGUGACCUAGCUGUGGGUUACAUCGCCUACCUCGACAAUCAAAAUGGCCACUACACUUCCUGUUUCACCACGGGCACCCAGUGUACCGCCUCAGGGCUGACCUGUGGCACAGUGUACAACGUCUGGGUCAAGGCUCUGGGACAACAGUACAACAGCUCUGACAGCACAGUUGUGACUCUCACAUCAGCUCCGUGCCUGCCUGGAGCUGUAGAAGUACAGGUCAACUGUAACUCUGACGGUGCUGCCGUUGUGUCGUGGAAUACAACUUAUGGGGCAGCAAACUUUUCCCUGACAGCCCCAGUCAGUGGACGCCUCCAGACUCUGUGCACGACUCAGCAGAACUCAUGUAACGUUACAAAUUUAACUUGUGGGGAAACCUACAACCUCAGCCUCACCGUCAGCAACGAACAGUGCAGCCUCACAACAGCGAUGCCUGCUAACCUCACCACACGUCCUUGUCCACCGCAGCGUGUGGAUGUUAACCUGCAGUGUGGCUCCGGCUCCACAGUCCUGUCCUGGGAGGAGGAUUCGGAUGUUGAUCUGUACACAGCAACUGCCAUCAAGGCAUCAGGGGGAGAAGUGAAGAAAUGUAACUCUACAGGCUCGACCUGUCACUUCAACAGUCUGGCCUGUGGAGAGACGUACAACUUUUCUGUCACAGCUCACAGUCAAGGCUGCUGCAGCCAGGCCAGUGGUACUGUGUCCAUUCAAACAGAGCCUUGCCAGCCUGUCAUCACAUCAGCUCAGGUGCUCUGUCAGAGUGACCAGGUCCAGAUCUCAUGGCACCAAGCAAGUGGUGUCAUGAACUACUUAGUCACAGCCAUGGGGAGCCUCGGAUACGUGGAUGCCUACAACACAACCCAGACCCUUCUGUCAGCCACUCUGCCUUGUGGACAGGACUACAAUGUCACUGUGCAAGGACAAGGCAGAGAGUGUGACACCGUCCGUAGCAGCCCUGCCUUCUUCAAGACUUCUCCAUGUGUCCCCCAGGACUUGAUGACUUACGUGCAGUGUGAGUCUAACAUGGGCUCUGUCAGCUGGGGACCCAGCGAUGGUGCCGAAUCAUAUGUUGCCGUGGCGACUGGCCUUGAUGGCCACAAUCAUCAGUGUGUCACCAACACCACCUUGUGCACGUGGAACGACCUGCACUGUGGGGAGGAGUACACUGUUGUUGUGAGAGCCAAGGAUGACAACUGCACCAGUGUGCCCAGUAACAGCUCAGUCAUCCAUAUGGAUCCCUGUGUGCCUAAGAAUUUGGUUGCCUCUGCGGACUGCAACAUGAAAGUUGUCUCUCUGAGCUGGGAUGCAAGUAAUGGGACAAAGUUGUACAUGGUAUCUGCUGAGGGAGGACACAAUACGACUGGGCUCACCACUAAUGUCACCACAGCUAACUUCUCUGACUUAAUGUGUGGACAAAACUACAGCCUUACAGUCACACCUCACAACUCGCAAUGUCCUGGCAACUCCAGUGCACCGGCUUCCAUACAGACAUGGCCAUGUCCCCCUUCAGGAAUCUCUACCACGCAGAACUGUCUCUCUGGUAACAUCAUGGUAACAUGGCAGGCAGGUAAUGGGUCUGACUUCUACACAGUCACCAUGGAAACUGACUCUGGCCUCUUAGAAACAUCCACCUCCAACUCUAAUCAGAAAAGCUUCCCAGGCUUGACCUGUGGACACAACUUCUCUGUGUCGGUCACCGCUUCCAACCCACAGUGCAACACCACCUCUAGUGAAACUACCAGUCUGCAGUCAGUUCCAUGUGUCCCCACUAAUAUCUCCGUGGUGAUGGAAUGUGCCAACAACACUGCUCUUGUGUCCUGGGCUGCCAGUCGCGGGGCUCUUCAGUACUCAGUGAGAGCACAUAGUAGUCAUAGCAAUGUCAGCUGCCAGACCUCUGACCUCAGCUGCAGCCUUGGCAACCUCACAUGUGGCAGCAGCUACACUGUCCAGGUAGCAGCCAUGGAUGACAGCUGCUCUAGUGUCCCAAGCCAGGCUGUAGUGUUAAACUCAGCCCCCUGCCCACCCCAGAAUGUGAGUGCCCACUUCAACUGUUCUUCCAACGACAUGAUGAUUUCCUGGGACGCCACCAGGGAGGCUGACCACUUUCUGGUGUCAGUAGUCACAGACAACGGAGGAAUCAAUGAGUCAUGUAACACCACAAACACAGCGUGCUCCCUCAGCAAUGUGACCUGCGGGAAAACCUUCACCAUUCAUGUCACCUCUGUCAGAGGCGACUGCAGCAGUCGGCACAGCCAGAACCACACCAUCCUGUCCGCUCCCUGCCCUCCUCAGGGAAUCAGGGGCAACCUCGACUGUGUCACCAACUCUGCUUGGAUCUCAUGGGACGCAGCUGCUGGGGCCGACUACUACACUGUGUCAGCUGUGGGUGGAGGGAACCACACGGCCAAUUGCAGCACUUCCAGUAACACCACAUGUGAGGUGGAAGACCUGGAAUGUGGUGUUCUUUAUAAUUUCAGAGUUACAGCUAAAAACAGCCAGUGUGAGAGUCCACCAGGCGACACCAUCGACUUGCAGACAGCCGCCUGCUCCCUCUCUGCCAUCACGGCCGUCUCUCAGUGCCACAAUUCCUCCAUCCUUGUCAUGUGGACACUGAUGGAGGGCGGCGCGGGGGACACAGUGUACACCGCCACAGCAGAGGCCAGCGAUCACAGCCGCCUAUACUGCAAUGACACUGGCACUAGCUGCUACCUGCAUGGAGCGCAGUGUGACCUCCGUUACACCAUCAUCGUUGCGGCUUCAUCAGACCAGUGCAGCAGCAUGAGAAGUCCUCCCUACAGAAUUAGCACGGAGCCCUGUCCACCCAGGAACGUGACGGUUGACUCCUCCUGUGAGGAACACAGAGCGCUGGUGUCCUGGACUCGCUCUCCUGUUGCUGAAACCUACAGUGUUGUUGCUAUGGCUGCAGAUGGACACGUGCAUACGUGCAACACCACCUCCAAUAACUGCAGCGUAUCAGAUCUCCACUGUGACGAGCAGUACACAGUAUUUGUGACUGCCCACCACGAGAACUGUUCCAGCAGAGCCAGUCAAAAUACAACAGUGAAUAGAGGUCCUUGCCAGCCAGAUGGAGUCUCAGUUACCUUCAACUGUAACAAUCAGUCUGCAGUGCUGUCAUGGGCGCCCAGAGACAACGCUGUAGAGUACUAUGGCUGUGCUCAAUCCGCGAAUGGAGAGAUGCUGUACUGUUAUAGCACAGAUGGAAAUUGCACUAUCGAGGGUCUUGAAUGUGGAACUGUCUACAAUUUCUCUGUCCAGGCCUCAGAUGGCACAUGCAACAGCUCCUUUAGUGACCCGGUGCAUAGGGGAGCAACUCCCUGCCCUCCAGACAUCGUAGAGGUGCAGCUGCUGCCGAUGCAGAUGGAGGUUCAGGUGAUUCGUGUCAGUUGGACACAGAUUUCCUGCAGAGACCCUGAGUACAUGUUGGCGCUAACGGGAAGUUUGCUGGGAGACAGCCAGGCCCUGUUCGAGCUCAGCUCCUAUUGGACAAACAGCACGUACUUUGAGAUUCCUCUCCCCUGUGGUUCAUCCUAUGAGGCCACAGUGCAGAGCAGGAACAGUGCUGGUACCAGCAACGCGUCUGUGGCUCUCAGUGGAACAACAGCUCCUUGUCCACCAUCAGCAGUGGUGUACAGUGGCAACAGCACCUUUGCCUCCAUUUCAUGGAACGCCUCAGUGUAUGCCACUGCAUACACUCUGUACGACAACAGUUCUACGCCAUGGACUCAGCUGUGCAGGGUGGUUGGUCAGUCCUGCUCUCUUUCCAACAUCACAUCCAGCAGCCUGGUGAUCACCGCCAGCAACGCAGCAGGAGAAAGUGAAGCUGAACUUAUUACAAAUGUGAUUCCACAUGUACGAAGGAGGAGACAUCUUCUUGAAGUGCAGGAUGGAGACCUUUCAGCUCCCGUUCUACACGUCACACAAAUAGCUCCAACAGUUGUCUUAGUUGAGUGGGAGACAGUGGACGAUACAUCCCAGUACAGCCUGGUGAGAAGGAAGCAGGACAGUUCCAGUCCACCUGAGGAACUAAUAGUCUAUGGGGGCAUGAUCCUAGUCACUGAAUUGAGCCCAAACUCCAACUACUGUUUCACGGUGUCGGCCAGCAGCUCGGUCACUAGUGGACCAGAGUCAGAGCCUGUGUGUGUGCAAACAGGAUCAGAGCUUUCCCAGUGAACAGGGACGCAAUAACUGUAGACUAGAGGUCUGUGCACAACUCCCACUUUAAUGUGAUGGUCUUUAAAGCUUUUUGGUAUUUAACCACAAUUCACAAUAACUUUAAAGCUAAUAGAACAUGGGCUUUAGUGUGGGUUACUUUGAUGUUUACAUUUCUGAUGGUAACUGGGACUGUAAUACUGUAGCCAUUGCCUAUUACACAGAGUCUUCAUGUAUUUAACUACACCCAUAUGUGGUAUAAUAAUUAGAUGUCUUCCAAAUAAAGGCCAGUGGCCUCAAGAUAUGAAGCUCCUCGAUUCUGUACAUGUGCCCAUUGUAGUUGCACAUGUUUUGUCUGCUCUUGGUUGAGGUUAUAUAUUUUUUUGUUGGGGGUCUGUUCCUCCUGCUUUUUAUAUUUGAUUCUCUUUUGUAAAUUAUAUAUUAGUCAUCUUUAAACGUAAUAUAUCAGGAAGUGUUGCACAUGUCCAGAGUAUUUCAUUUGUGAAUGUAUAUUUAACUUGGAAAUUAUUUUCACAUUAUAUUCAAAUAAA